AUGACAACACCUCAGCUGCAUUCCUCUCUCCCGCCUCAAUAAUUCAGUUUGAGAUGUUUUGGGAAAUCGCACCCAUAUAUCCCUCGUAACUCUCAUCCCCGGUCAACCAAGUUUCAGACUUUCCAUACAGAAAUUGGGUCUAGAUCCUCCUCAAGGGCAUCAAGUUGAUAUUUCGUCGAUUCUGACAUCUUUGACAAGCGGGUUUUGUAUCAUUCUUGAGUUUUGCUAGUCGAGUAAGUCCAGUUGAAUAUUGUCUGCUUACUUUAAUAAUGAGUGAAGAGAUACCCUCGGAUGCGACUUACAAACCCCGAUCCGCGUUAGGAGAUGUUACAAAUCAAGUUGGGAAAAGGGGGUUUUCUUUCGUAUCCACUCCAGGUGUUCAAUCUGUAGAUGGUUGUAAAAAAGAUGAAGGAUUUCAGUUUGCAAAGAAAGAAUGUCUAAGAGUUGAUAACUCCCAAAAAGAAAACUUCCAUAAAGAGAUCUCAGCCAUAGCUAGUAUAUCUAAGAUCUCAUGUGAAAUUAAGGAACCCUGUUCACAAGAUGGUAGAAAAAGCAUCACCUCUUCUGGUUUAAAAGCUGGUGAUGUUGUGAGCCCAUCUGAUAGAAACGGUUCUCACGUGACAGUAGAAGCUGAAGAAGAUGAAAGAACUGAUUCUGUUUUUGCACCACAAAAUCCAUCAAAAGAAAAGUUGGAAAACAGUUUGGUGAUGGAUGAUGGUGAUGAUGAUGCCUGUCUUGAUAAUUUAUAUUCAAGCAAAGAUGAGUAUCUUGAUUGCUCAAAAUUUCCCGAGUCACAGGAGUCCAGAUGCGGUUUAGAGAUUAAGGGCGAUGGAUUCUCAAGCAUGUGUAUGGAGUCUAUCAAAACUUGUCCAUGUUCCUUUUGCAUGAAAGCUGCUUACCUUUGGUCAGAUCUACACUACCAGGAUAUCAAAGGCCGAAUAGCUGCAAUAAAGAAGAGUCAGAAAGAAGCGAGCAUUUUGGUUAACCAAAACAGCAAGGAUGGUGUGAUUGGUAGAUGUGGGGAAGGGAACUCAGAAAAAUUCUCAAACUUGGAAUCGGAUCUCACGGGUCGAUGGAUGUCACUUUUUGUUCAUAUGGAGGAGAUCUUUGUUCGUGAGGGAAGCCAACUAGAAACAAGCUUAUCAAUACUUAGAGAACUGAGAGAUGAUUGCAAGGGUGAUUCAGAGGAACAUUAGUCCUCGUGUGUUCAAAUCUUGUUUGAAUUGUUGUAAUAGUUUUUAGUAUUCAAAACAAUUUGUAAGGUAAGAUUGUGCAAGUCCCUUGUGGUUUAGUUUCCCAAACUUUUUAUUUAUGGAUGUCUUCAUAUGAAUUGGAUCAAUGGUUCCCAAAUGUUCAUAAGUCUUUUAUGCUUUUCUAAUUUAUAUCAAAUCAGUUAUGUUUUCCUCA